UAAAACGCUCGAACUUCGUGAGAGAGUGAGAGAUGGAGUUCAUCGAAGAGGAGGCGCGGCCGCGCUUUGUCUUCCGCGGCGGCGGCGCCUCCUCCUCCGCCGCCGCCGCCCACGGCGGAGCCCCCUUGGGCGCCUUCUCGAAGCUCCACGCCCUCUGCUGCGUCUCCGCCGCGGCGCUUCUCCUCCUCUCCGCCGCCGCGCUCCUCCGCUACUCCCACUCCGCCCCCGCCUCCCUCCUCGCCUGGGGCGCCCUCUCCCUCCUCCUCGCCCCCUUCGCCCCUUCCUCCGCCACGGGCGGCGACCCCCGCGUCGGCCGUGGCCCCCCUCUUCCCGAUCCCGCCCCCGCGGCCGCCGACGACGCCGCCCCCGCGGAUCGCCGGAACCCUAGCCGCCGAUCGAGAUCCCGCAAGCCCGAUCACUCCCCAAACUCUAACCCCCCUCUGAUCGUCCCUAAACCCCCAGAUCUGAACAGAUCUAUCCCCAGCAACGUCGAUCAGAUCUUACAGGAAGCGAGAGUAGAGGAGGAAGACGAAGAGGAGGAGGAGGAGGGAGAGAGGGAGUGGACGGAUGAGGACUUCGAUCUACUCAAGAAGCAGAUCGCGAAGCAUCCGGUGGGGGAGCCGCAGCGGUGGGAGCGGAUCGCGGAGGCUUUCAAGCGGCGACACGAUCUGAGCAGCGUGAUCAGCAUGGCGAAGUCAUUGCCGGAGAGGAAGCCCGAUUCUAGGGAUUCGUUCCAGCAGUUCCUGAAGCAUCGGAAGCCCUCGGAUCGAGCACGGCCGGAGCUUAGCAAUGGCGAUGUGGGGGUCGAAGCUUCAAAGGAGAACGGCGGGUGGAGUCCGGGGGAGGAUCUGGCCCUGCUCAACGCAUUGAAGGCGUUCCCGAAGGAUGUGUCGAUGCGGUGGGAGAAGAUCACGGCGGCGGUUCCGGGGAAGUCGAAGGCAUUGUGUAUGAAGAGGGUCACGGAGUUGAAGAGGGACUUUAGGAGCUCCAAAGCUUCCCAAUCUCAAUCCUGAUUUUGCCAGUAUUUCAUGCAGGUUAGCAAUGUCAUCAAAUUCACACUCAUGACCCGAUGUUUUCGUUUAACAUUCAAAUUCAAGAACCGCGUACUAUCUAAUGCACUGUUUGGCGUGACCGGAGCUUCUUCUGCAGAACCGUUCGAAGAGCACUAACAGUUCCUUCUUUUCCCCCCCUAAAAACAAAUUUUUUUUUUUUUUCUGUUUAGCAGAUACAAAAGUUUCAAAUUAAAAUUUCUACUUUUAUUAUGCAGAAGAAUUUUUGAGACUUCUUUGCUACAGCAAAAGCUUUUAACUUAGAUCGGAAUCUGCUUCAGAAUUAAACAUCUUAUGAAGCAGUGAGAUUGUAACCUGGACAUCUUUAACAUACAUGAGUUAUAAACCAUGAUAUAAUAUAUUUUGGAAUCUGAAAGUUUAAACUGCUCUCAAA